AUUCGCUUCUCUUAUGCACUGCAACUCUGCAAGCAUGCAUGUUACUUUACCUUGUCCGAAGCUUUGCUUGAAAAUGAUCUUUCAUAUUUUGAUGGAGAUAAUACAUGUAAAUAGAUUGAAUAUAAAAUUAAAAAAAUUACGCACUAGACCUAGUCACUAACUAUACACAACUAUAAAGGAAUGCAUGCACAACUAAGCAUACAAGUGUAUAAGAUAAAUACGUUUGUCUACAGAGAUUUCAUUUAAAAUUGCUGAUUUGAAAGCAUUCAUUUUCCUGUAGGUAUCGCAUGAGGCAUGAUAGUACAUAUAUUAUAUAUUGAAGGAAGAACAAAUUUAUUUUUCUUCCAUCAUUACAGAUGUUAGUUCCUGAACAAAUCGAUCAUUCCUAUAAAUGAUAUAACCACUUAUAAAUAUCAAGUAUGUUGGCCUAAAUGAUUUCAUGUUUACACUGACGUGUAUCCCGCUGGUUGUGACGUAUUUGGAUGAAGUGAAAACGGCGGAAUCAUUUAAAGAUAAGGUUGUUUACACUGAAUACUUGAUCUAUGGUGCCUGUUGGUUAAACUAAUUUGACUUGAUCGUGUCAAUGAAUAUAGAAGAAUGAUGUCAUAAAUCGGUGAUCCUUUUUAUUUUAAGGAGGUACUCUACAUCGUCAUAAUGGCUGACUUCCUUUUAAAACAUGGAUGAAAAUAUAAAUAUCAGCAAUAUUUGCCUAUUAAUUUAAAAAAAUCAUCUCCUAGGUGAGUAGCUUAGCACGUCGACUGCUGAACUGUAGAUUGUUGGUUCGAGUCCAGCAGGGGUUUUAAUUUUUUUUUUUUUUUCGAUUGCUUUGUACUAAACCUGCAUUUUUUGACUAAAUAAAGUAAAUUUGAAGGGUUUUAAUUUUAAAAUAUUGUUGUAGACAUCCUCCACUUUUCAGCCAUAUCAAAUUUCUCUGGUGUAGCAUACCUCCUUAAAAGCUCUAUGAUCUGACCCAAGGUACAUGUAGGUAACCUUAGUUUAAAACUGGAUAUUUCUAUAUUUACAAUAUGGGGUCCGGGCGGAGAAUCAGAUGUAAAUUAAGAUUUGCAUGAUGAAUGUAUAGAUCUCGCACCCUACUCGCUGGAUCUGCCAAUGUACAUAUAUGUGAAUCAUGUAGCGAAAUCUGCGUGGGUUUUUUUUUUUUAAUGUAUGGUGGUGGUGGUGGGUUUUUAGACGUUUAAAAAAUUGCGAGGGAAAUAUCCUGACGAACGGUAUAAGAAUUGUGACGUCAUAAUUCAACAGUUCAUAACAAAAUCGUUUAAAAGAUAUGCAUAUGCCUCGUAACAGAAUGGGAGGUCUGGUGAAGAUGGGGCAAAGGAGUCGAAUAUCAGAGCUUUAUGUUUCAUAAAACAAUGACAGGUUAUAUUCCAUAAACAACGACAAGUAAAUGAGUCUGAGAGGUGAAGGCUGAUUUGAGGACAGAGGUGUGAGCGGACCAAGGGAAAAGUGUGAACCAUAAAACAUCAAAGAGAUUCCAAAAUUAACGCAUGUGACGGAAUCCACCAAGGGACACGACUCCUGCACAAUUAAACAGUUAUGCCCUCUGGCGGAGUCUGAUUUAUAUCAACAAUCGAAGACAAAGCAGUUGUUGUUGCCAGAAGAGUGAAAUUGAAAACAAACUGCUUUGAUUCCUGUGAUCACCUUGUGUCGCAUACCCCGAAAUCACACGAUUUCACCCAGAAUUUAAAUCACUGUUGACUGUUACUGAAAGAAGGGCACUUUAAAUCAUCAGAGAGCUAUCAAGGUAACCUCAAGGGAAUGGACAAUUGAUGAGAGUAGAUCUCCUAAAAUUUCAUAGAUGGAAUGAGCAGCUCAUGAGCCAGGGAUACUGGGAUCAUUUCGAGUUUUGGGGUUUUUAGAGAUGGCAGUGCUGAUCUCUGUGUGCCUUUUCCUGAUGGUUGCAAAUGUAGCCUCCGGUGAAAUCAUCGUGACAAUGAAAUUGUGGGAAGAGGAACCUGUCUCAACUUUCGUGGGAAAUAUAGCUGAUUUGAGUGGCUUGCAGGAAAAUAUGACACAGGAGGCUUUUCAGAGUCUUCGAUACAGCUUUUUGGACCAAACAAGGAUGGAUGAUCUUUUUCGAGUGGAUAAUGCUGCUGGUGAAUUGUUUACCAAUGCAGUGAUUGACAGAGAAAAACAGUGUGGAUUUAAUCAGGAUUGUGUGCUUCAAUUUGACAUUGCAGCUCACUCUUCUAUUAACUCCAAAUUUGAAAUAAUAUCAGUGAGAGUGACUCUGUUGGACAUCAAUGACCACACCCCCACCUUUCCUUCCUCAGAUGUCAACAAAAGUUUGUCUGAGUCGGCAGUCAUUGGAUCCACAAUACAGCUGGAUGAGGCGCUGGACCUUGACUCGUCAGCUCAGAAUGGAAUAAAAAAUUACGCACUGCAAACUACUGGUUCUCCAUUCCUGUUUAGUGCCAUUAAAGCAAGUGAUGGAUUCUCUCUACAGCUGAAGCUGAAUUCAGCAAUCAACAGAGAGAGCAAGGAUCAUUAUGAUCUUAAAAUCAUAGCAGUGGAUGGUGGAACGUCUCAAAAGACUGGAACUCUAAAUGUUAAGGUGGAAGUGACUGAUGAGAAUGACAAUGCACCUCAAUUUGACAGAGACACUUUUGAUAUUAGACUUAGAGAGGACAAAAAUACUGGCUUUCAGUUGAUUCAACUCUCAGCAACAGAUGCUGACAUUGGACAAAAUGGUCAAGUGGUUUAUAAAUUCAAUCCUCGUCAAAGCUACCUAAGUGAAAUCAAUGAGUGCUUUGAAAUUGAUGAAACCACUGGCAAAAUUAUUUUGAAAAACAGGUUGACACGAAACAUAAGGAAAAUUUACAACAUCACUGUAGAUGCCAGUGAUUUAGGACAACCUCCAAAAGUUUCCCAGUGCAUUGUUCGGGUUACCAUCAUUGAUGUUGGAAAUAACCAACCAUCAGUUCGCAUCACAUUGCUGUCUACAGGCAACACAGGGGCUGUCAGUGAGUCCUCAAGUGUUGGCACCGUGAUUGCUCAUGUCACUGUCGAAGACACUGACUCUGGUUCCAACGGAAUUGUCACUUGCAAAGUUGUCUCAGACGAGUUUCAGCUGCAGACAGUACUUAAUAAAGGCUACAUAGUGGUCAUCAACAGAUCUCUUGAUCGUGAAAUUUCUGACAAGUAUAACCUCACUGUGGAGUGCAGUGAUCAGGGAACACCCCCUUUAUCCUCAUCUUCAACAAUAGUGAUUCCCAUAUCUGAUGAAAAUGACAAUGCACCAGAGUUUUACAAGACUUUAUAUCAAGCAUCCAUCAGGGAAAACAAUGCUUUUGGGGAUGGAGUCACACAAGUUCUAGCAAAGGAUGACGACUUGGAUAAGAAUGCUGAAAUAAGAUAUUUACUGCCUCCCGCGUCCAAAGAAAAACUAGCCAUCAAUGAAGAAACUGGAGUCAUAACAGCAAACUUUAGAUUUGACAGAGAAAAUGUUUCUUCGUUCUUUUUCCAUGUUCUUGCUGUUGAUAAGGGGAAUCCUACUAUGACAGGAACUGCUACAAUCCAGCUGACUGUGGUGGAUGAAAAUGACAAUAAGCCUACAUUUAGUGUGCCUAUGUUCCAAUUUUUCGUAAUAGAGAACAUGGGACCUCAGAUGAAAGUUGGAUCACUCAGUGCCUCAGACCUGGAUGAAGGUGACAACCAAAAGAUUCUUUUUGAUUACCAUCCGAAUUUUAAGAAUCUCCCCAGCAGUCAGCUGCCAUUUGAGAUUUUACCUUCAGGAAUAAUUUCUACAAGGCGAGACCUUGACAGAGAGGACAAAAACAAGUAUUCGUUUGACAUAGUGGCUGUGGAUCAAGGAACCCCAAGGUUAACCAGCACAAGUCGAGUUGUUGUGUAUGUGGCAGACCAAAAUGACAACAAACCCUUCAUUACCUUCCCCUUGUUUUCUAACCAAACUGUCUCGGUGUCUCAUCAAGCUAAAGUUGGUACUGUAAUCACACGGAUUCGAGCUUAUGACCUUGAUGAAAUCGGACCAAACAGUCAACUCAGGUACUCUUUUUCUGCUGGGAAUGAGAAGGAUGUCUUCUCCAUCGGUGAAACCUCAGGAAACAUAUAUCUCAAAAGAACUUAUGAAGUAAAUGAGAAUACUCCAUUUAAGCUCAGGAUCAAUGUCAGUGAUAUGAAUGUCUCUCAUAUGCAGUCUUCAUUCUGUGAUUUGACCAUCGUCCUAGCUCUUCCAACACCAAGCCCUCUGUCCUCAGAGGAUGGGGGAACAAAGAAUAUCAUUAUUACCAUAGCUGUUGUGGUUCUCACCAUCAUAUUGUCAGCUGUCAUCAUCACUGUCAUCAUCAUUCUCAGACGCAAUGAUCAGAAACUGCUGCAAAGCAAACGCUCAGAUGAUCUAGUAAAAACCAUGUACAGUGCUGCUUCCAUUGAGGGCUGCUCAUCUCCAAACUUGGACAAGAUCCCCAGUGACAUGGUGACCAGCAUUGUAGACUCGCCUCGGAAGAAGAAGGGGGUCAGCUUUACAUUUGAUGUGGAAAGUCUGCAGCUUUCUAAUUGUGGCCAAAUAGGCCAAGGACAGCGAGAGGAGAGUUCAUACAACAGACAAAACAACAAUGACAAGACCCUAAAUUCAGUGCUGUUAGAUAAUAUUGGAAGAUCAAAUUAUCAGCAGCAACAUCAAGAUAACAUGAGUGAUUCAUCAGGGGAGAUAACCACAUCAGACAGUGGUAGAGGUGGGAGUGACCUUGACCUUUCACUACAUAUGUCAAAAUCAGAUGAAAGACAUCAGACAGGUGCUUUUAAAUUCAAAAUGAAUCCUGCUCAGGGCACUAGAUCAUAUGGAAACCAGUAUGAAAAUAUAAACUAUAUAAAUACUCACCAUUUAAAGAGUAAUAUUCAAAGGGAGGCAAUUCCUGUUAGACCUCCCAGACUUCCUUCAGAUAAUGAACUGCAGUUUCGUUCAGAGGAAUCCCCCUCAAAAGAAGAUUGUUUUCCAUCGUACGUAUGACCACGGACUGAAUCAUUCCAGUGGAACGAUGAUUUCAACCGGGUCAACUACUCAAUGUGCCAAAUAUAACAGACUUGUGUCUCAUAUUGCGUUUUACGCAAUCACUCUAUUCAACCACGUGAAUUGUUUUUAUUGUACGUUGAUAUACUGUGGAUUCCUUGAUAUUCACAUCGACAGUGUUUUGUCUGUAAUCAACUGUUUCAUUGUAUUUCAUUUCUUCAUGAAAGCAUUGUAACACACAAGUGAUCUUUCAACUUGACAUAGAAGUCUAUACUUAUUUGUUUUAUCACAUGAUACAUAUAGAAGAAAUAUAUCUCUAUGCAUAAGUUGUUUUGUAUUGGAAUGAUGAAGUAUUUUCUACAUAAUGACUAUACAUGCAGGUUUGCAAAUGACCCCAAAUGUCCAUUGUUUUGAAUUCCUCGUAAUACACCCAGCCUAGACAUUCCUUAAAUGUACUUGAUGAAUUAUUAUUCACAAGAGGACUAUAUCGUGAAAUCAAAUGACUUGCAUUUAUUUAUUCAUCACUGAUUUAUAUUGAAUGAAGUCUUUUAGAGAAUAACUCAUGCUAUAUGUCGGUUCCAUUGAACAACCAUUUAGCAAACCUUAACAUAAGGAAUCUACAGGAAUUACACACAGUUAUCAUUGUUAUGUGUUCUGAACAACAUGCAUUUUUCAACUUGUUGAUUGAAAGAAGUGCUUUGUACAAAAAUGAAUGAAUUAUUAUGAUAUUAAUAAACAUGUAUUAAAUCUUGAAA